UGAAAAUUGCCGACGCACCCUCAUCCGCAACCAGCUCGUGGUGCAUCAUGUCUGUGCGAGGUAGUUGACUGCUUUUUCAGCGGCCGCCGAGACCAUGCAUCCGCCAGCAGCAGCUGAUCCAACCGACGAGCGCAUGGUGAGUGCACUCAAUUAUGCAUUGAGCGGCAGAGGAGGCGCCGUCGACGAUGCGGCGCUCGCGCUGGGCCUCGCGCUGGCCGGACGCAGUGGUGGCCACGGCGCGCGCCAUAGCUCGCUCUCGCCGAGCGAGUCGUCCGUGGCGUCGACGACGUCGAUGAUGUCGACGUCCUCCUUUGCCUCGUCGCUGGCGCCGGCCGACGCGCCGGCCGACGAGCAUGUCGUGCUACCCGGCGACACUCUAGCGGGCAUUUGUAUUCGCUACGGCGUGUCCGCGCGAUCGCUCCGCCGCCUGAACCGCCUCGACGAGGGCGAUCAGGUGAUGCAGCACGCGAUCCUGCGCAUCCCGCCUGCACGGCGCGGUCGCCGCCAGACGCCGCAAGCGCAAACUCCGGACGUUCUGGCCGCGCGGCAGCGACUGGCGUUCCGCGAGAGCGGCGCGUGGACCGAGGACGAGUCCUUCCGGGUCGCUAUUCGCAUCAUCAACGGGCGGCGCGUGCGGUGAUUGUAUGCGCCGCAUCUCCUCCUUUGUUUGUUAAAACUUUAUGUCUGCA